UAGCAGGCAGAAGAAAAACCAACAUCAGAAAGAAAGCCUUCCUGCAGAAUAACCUUUAAUAAUAAAAAAAGCCAUGGACACGGACGACAGGGCUUUGAGCAUAUACAGAGCCGCCAGAACCAUCAAACGGAAAGACAAUUCCCUCUACAACGCCCUCCGCUCCAUCUACGAGGACUCCAUCUUCGUCGGCGAGGUCUCCCAGCUGCGGCCGGAGCUCCCUCUCCUCGCAGAUCUCCGCUGCGGCUUCUGGUACUCCCACGGCUUCGUCGCCAUGUGUUACUUCAAAUCCACCGACGGCCACACCAACGAUUGCUCCUUCUCCACCGCCCUUGUCUUGUUAUCUGUCGGCCCUUGAGAUCGACGGGACGGAGCCAAUCAUGACUGGGCCUGAGUCACGGGACCAAACGACAAAGCUUUUGGAUUUCGUAGCUGUACGUGGUGACGACGACGAGCUGGUUCAUGAUGUUUCCGGCAGAAGCUUGGAGCUUGAUUUAUUCCAUCAAGUUGACGAUUACUUGAAGGGUUUGUAUGUGUACAAAAAUGAUUUCAGCUAGGUGCCCAGGUCGAUUCGAAGGCUCCACAGGCUGGGGACGUUUAAGUUGAUCGGGAUGAACAAUAAGGCGAGGAGUAAAAG